UGAUUCUGUGUCACAUCUCUGACUGGACAAUAAUUCUAAAUUGAUACGGUGUUUCCAAGACAGUCUGGAGCGAUUCUACAAAUAGUCUGGACCGAAUGAGGAAGAAUGCAAUUGCCUAAUUGUCAACGAUGACUGCCAUUUCGUUGGAUGUAGAUGCAUCCUGGAUUCGUCUGGCCUGGUACCGAAAGUACGCACUCACAAGUGCGUGGUGCGCUUUGGAGCCGGCUUUCUCGCUGUUCUUCUGACCGCCACCAGACCCGUUCGGCAAUCGGCGUUUUUUUUCUUGUUUUUCGUUACACAUUUGUUCUUUGGGUUCCAUCAUCCAUCGCCCACACAAACACAUACACACACGUAUCCUGGACAACGGACGACAACCAAAACUUCCAAGAAAGCCGAGACAUCUACCUAUUACCAAGAAGAUGUUACGGUGUAUAUCCAACCUUACGGUACUUGCGUUCCUUGUCGCGGGAGCUGUCGCCUUUGCUCCCGUCCAUCGGCAGCCACGGGUCGCCCGUUUCGGGGUCGUAUCGCCACCACCGCAGACGAAAUGCUUUUUGUCGGCCGUCGCGGACGCGCCGUCGGAAGCCGUUCCCGGUCAGUUUCCUGCAGACAAGAUCAGAAAUAUCGCCGUCAUCGCCCACGUCGAUCACGGCAAAACAACUUUGGUCGAUGCCUUGAUUCGUCAGUCGGGUGUCUAUCGCGAUGCAGCGCAGAGCGAAGAAGCCGGAGAACGUGUCAUGGACAAUCAGGACCAGGAACGUGAACGCGGCAUCACUAUCCUCGCCAAGAACUUGGCCGUCAACUACAAGGGUACCAAGCUUAACAUUCUCGAUACUCCCGGACACGCUGACUUUGGCGGCGAAGUGGAACGCGUUUUGAACAUGGCCGACGGAGUACUCCUCGUGGUCGACAGUGUCGAAGGUCCCAAACCACAAACACGCUUCGUUCUCGACAAGGCUUUGAAAAAGGGAAUGAAGGCUUUGGUAGUCGUCAACAAGGUCGAUCGACCGGCUGCUCGUCCCGAGUACGUUGUCGACAUGGUCUUUGAUCUUUUUGUCGAACUCGGUGCCACCGACGAGCAAACCGAUUUCCGUGUCGUUUACGCUUCCGGCCUGAACGGACAAGCCGGUCACGAAGCGAAUGGUUUGGAAGACACCAUGGGCCCUUUGCUCGAUGCCGUUUUGGAAUCCAUCGACCCGCCCAGGGUCGAAAAGACGGAACCGGAAGCGCUGCAGGCUUUGGUCAGCAACAUUGAUUUUGAUCCUUUCAAGGGGAAAAUGGGUAUCGCUCGUAUCAGUAACGGAUCCAUCAAGUCUGGACAAGCCGUCGCACUCGCACAUCCAGACAAGGACAAGAAGACCGGACGUGUCGGUAACUUGUUUGUCUUUGACAACUUGGGAAAAACCGAAGUUCCGGAAGCCAAGGCCGGCGAGAUUAUCAUGUUUGCCGGUCUCCAAGAUGUUGAAAUUGGAGACACGUUGAUUACCAACGAAAACAAUGGACAAAACGCCGCUGGACCACUAGAGCCGAUUGCCGUCGAACAACCGACGGUGCGAAUGACGAUUGGUGUCAACAAGUCUCCUCUGGCGGGACGCGAAGGAAAGUUUUUGACGAGCCGCAUGAUUCGUGAUCGUCUUUUCAAGGAAUUGGACCGCAACGUCGCGCUUCAGGUCGAAGAAACCGACUCGGCUGAUCGUUACCAGGUCUCUGGACGUGGACAGCUCCAUUUGACCGUGUUGAUUGAAACCAUGCGUCGGGAAGGAUUCGAACUCGAAGUUGGACCACCCACCGUCAUUUACAAGACCAACCCCGAGUCCGGUAAAAUUGAAGAGCCUUGGGAAUCCGUUGAGGUCCGCGUUCCCGAGGAAUACGUUGGUGGUGUUGUCGACUUGCUUAAUCAGCGUAAGGGAGAACUUUUGGACAUGGGAAUUGAAGAAGGUGAAGGCUUAAGCGUCGUCAAGUACGUUGUCCCAACUCGGGGUAUGCUGGGGCUACGGUCGGGUCUCCUUACCGCCACCCGAGGAACCGCCAUCAUUGACAGUGUCUUUGAUUCGUACCGCCCGAAGAUUGCCGGUGAAAUUCAGAGUCGUGACAAGGGAUCGCUGUUGGCCUUUGCGGAUGGCAAGGUCACUACCUUUGGAAUUGAAGGUGCGCAGGAACGUGGCCGCAUGAUGGUCAACGCCGGUGACGACACGUACAAGGGAAUGAUUGUCGGUAUUCACCAGCGUCCAGGUGAUUUGGAAGUCAACGUGUGCAAGACCAAGGCUUUGACCAACAUGCGGUCUGCGACCAAGGGAAUCACAACCGGUAUCACCGCGUCGGUAGAGCUUUCCUUGGAUGCUUCGGUCGAGUACUUGGCCGCGGACGAAAUUUUGGAGGUGACCCCGUCUACCUUCCGCAUGUCCAAGAAUCCGGACAUGGCAAAAAAGAACAAGGGUGGCAAAAAGUAA